AUGGCAAGGCUCACUGACGAUGCCGACUACGAUGCGAGGAAAUGUAUGGGAAUAUACCAUGUCAACGGUCCGACUGGAAAUUAUCAUGCAUACUAUGGACUCCGGACUAGGUACGUUCCUCUAGGUCUUCCUGCCAAUAUGACCAAGUUGCGAAAACGAGGUCAGACAACUUCUAUAGAUUCUCCUUGUGAUUAUUGUGAACUCAACCAACUGUACUCUUUUGGUGGAGUCGUUAGCGUUGAACCGGUUCUCCGCUCUAACGACUUGCAUCGCUUCCGCCUUUGGGAGGGCAGUGCUAUCACUUGUCUUACCGAGCUUGCCUGGCGCCAGGUUUGGCGUUUAUAUGUCGUCAAGCUUCAACGACGAAUCAAUUCGCAGACUCACUUGCUUAUGCGAGACAAUACUAGCAAAGCAACCAUUCUCAAAUGCGCCACCUCUGGUGCGCACGCAUUUACUUAUCCUUCAGAAACUAUAAAUCCACCUUCAACUUAUACUUCUGCUGAUUCAUCUGUUUCCGCCACUAGAGAUGUCAGCGACCCAAAAUGGUCUUAUCCACAGUUCCAAGUGAGUCGUCUUUCCUUACUUUAUAUUAUUUUAAAUGACUUAUGA